AUGCUUGCCAUUAUUACACGUAGAAGAUCAAUUGGAGUGGUGUCUGUGGUCCUGAUCAUUCUUCUCAUUCUGGGCCUCUACAAAACGACGGCCUACACAGGAUCCAGGCCACAACAAAUAAUAACAGACAAGCUCAACCUCAACAGACCAGAUCCAGUGCCUGAUUCUCCUCUUCCUCCUGUUCCUCCUCCUCCUCCUCCUCCUCCUCCUCCGCCUCCUGCUUCUGGUGGGUCCUCCUCAACAGCCGAGCAGCCCUCAAUCAGCACCUCUGGGCACGUUCUGGACGAGGACCUGGUGCUGCACACUUCCCACGCCACAUAUCCACGGCUCACUCGUCUCUCAGACGGCUCUAUCCUGCUAGGCUUCACCCACAUCGAGGCGCCCACCCAUGUCCUCACCAUCAAGCGCAGCACCGACAACGGGAGGACAUUCGAGCCCUGGGGCGAGGUGACCCGGUGCGAUCACAACUGCGGCAACCUCUUCCUACUCGAGGUGCCCGCCUCCGAGACCGAGCCUCACCCGAAAGUGCUGGCCGCCUUUCGGAACCAUGAUGUCGUAGACCCCAUCAAAAACCGCAAGUCUAUUUAUUUCCGCAUUACGGUCUGUGAAUCGCUCGACGGCGGCCGGACGUGGAAGUACCUGUCGCAAGCCGCAGAGAAGCCGGCGCCCUGGGGGCUAUGGGAGCCCUUUAUGCGGAUCGGCUUGGCCGGCGAGGUCCAGAUGACGUACUCGCAGGAGCUGCAGGCGAGGGACCAGGAUACCAUGAUGCGGACGUCAUACGAUCGGGGUCGGACCUGGACAGACGCAAGGACCAUCACGGGCGCGGAGGAGCUGUUGCGCGACGGCAUGACUGGUAUUGCGAGCACCACGGACCGAGGGCAGCCGGCACUGGUCAUGGUCUUUGAGACGACGAGACACAGGACGUUCUCGGUGGAGGCCGUCAUCUCGUAUGAUGACGGGUCCACCUGGGGCCAUCGACAGGUUGUCUUUGAGGCGCAGCCCGGUGCAAAUGCGGGUUCUCCACAGAUUGAGGCUUUUGCCAAUGGGGGUCUGGCCACGGUGUUUAUGACGGACAUGGAUGUGGAGAAGAGGGACUGGCCCAGAAAGGCGUCGGUCAAAGCUGUGUUUGGUGGGCCUCUGGUCGAUGGGAAGAUACAGUGGCAGCAGACUGCUCAGCCUGCUUGUCCUCCAUCGUCAUUCUGGCCGGGUGUCUUUAGAUUGAAUGAUACUCAGUUGCUCGCAGUAUGCGAUCAUAGCAAGGGAGUUCGGGGCCGCAUACUCGAAUGGAGUUAA